AUGUCUCUCCCCACGCUCCCCUCGCCCUCGGCCCCAACAGCUUGCUACAACGCAUCCUGCCACUGUGGCGCCUUCACCUACACGGUGACUGCGUCUCCGCCGCUGUCCGCCGCCGACGCGGUGAUAAAGCAGUGCAACUGCAGCAUCUGUGCGAGAAACGCGUACAUGUUCAUCUUCGUGCCGAAUGAGCAGGUUGUGUUUGAAAAAGGGGGGUUGGACGAGUUUAAGUGUUAUUCAUUUGCUACGAAUAAAGUAGGACAUUAUUUCUGUGGCACGUGUGGGUCGUCUUGUAUGUUGCGGUCGAAAGAGGAGGAUUUUAUGCCGGGAAUUACGGGCAUCAAUGUGCGCAUGUUGCAGGAUGUGGAUUUGGAAGGGGUGAAGGUGGAUUUGCUGGACGGGAAGAGUUUCUAA